UUAGAUUAAAUACUAAACUAUUGAUUUUUGAAACACAACCGGGGAGUUAAUGGAUACGAGAAAGUCAACAUUAAAGAAACUGCUUAUAGAAAAACAAUAAAAAUGAGCUCUAAAGAGGCAACAAAUGAAGACGCAAAUACUUUAACAUCGUUUACUGAAAAGGGACUGUGUAGAGAUGAAGUAAAACUGGUAUUUGACGAUGAAAGGGAACUAUUCGUUUCUGAAAACUUCCUGUCGCUUUCUUCGCCAGUUUUUAAAGCAAUGUUUUCGAAUGAUUUCAUUGAGAAAAAUGAAAUGACAGUUAGGCUACCAGGAAAAAGUUAUGAUGAUUUUCUCGAGUUCUUGAUGUGUAUCCAUCCAGCGGUGCAAAAACCAAUUGAUGAAUCGAAUGCAGUCCGUGUGGUAUCGAUUGCUGCAGAGUACCAAGUACCAUCAAUAACUGCAAAAUGCCAAAGGUUAAUGAAGACGGUUAUGAACAAGGAUCUCGAAGAGGCGAAAAAGGCUUCUUCUAUGUUGUAUAAUCAUGUUGUGGUUGUUCGUAAAUGUCUCAUUUUCUUUAACACUGCAGCAGCAUAUGGAUAUAAAAGUCUUAUUGAGCAUUGUACUACUUUCCUUGCAAGCUUCCCGUCUGCAGUAUACACUGAUAGUACAGUAGCAUACACUGAUGUAACAAAUUGCAGCUACUUAAGCAACUCCUACAACUAUAAAGUUAAAGUAAAUGGAGAAAGCGUUAAUGUGAAAGAUGUACGUUCCGAAUGCAUGGCUUUGUUUAAAAAACUACCACCAGAUGUUAGCCUCAUGGUUAUUACCAAACGAUUAAGUAAGUGCGAUACUCAAAAAUUCCUAUAGAGACAAAUUGACAAAUCGAGCCGUGAGAUCUUAGCCACCAUAGUUUUAGGCUGUAUGACAGUUCUGAUGUUAUUUUACCGGAUGUAUUGCUGAACAUGAACAGUAUACUUUACACAAUCAUAAUAUAGUGGACGCAACUUGACCCAGAUGGUUGACCUUUGCAUUAUAAUACAUAAUAAGGCUCAACCUACUAUUGAAAAGGAGUGUACGUAAAACACGAGCUCCACGAGAAAAAGGAAAUAUCAAUUUGUGUAAAUAUGAAUAAGUGUACUGGUUGGGAACCCUUUUCCGGACACAUUUUCAUAUUUCGACUCCAUUAUUCCCUAAAAAAAUAUUUGACAUAAAUGAAGCCCACAUUGCACAAACUUGAGCUCCUUCCACAUCCGAUGUUGUAAUCAGCAUCGCGUUGUGACGUAAAAUAUGGGUUCCAUGGGGCCUCAGAUGAGGUCACUAAAAUAAGUUAUUUUUCCCGUCAGGUAAACCAGUAUCCGGACAAAUAUUUUGACAGUGUUUUAUUGUUAAUUUGAUAUCAAAAUAAGUAAUUAUACUAUUUCUACACAUUUCUUUAUCAUUCAUCUCUUCAAAAUUGCACAUGAAACAUAACCCGACGUUCAAUAGCAGCUACGAAAGCAAACCGAGGUUGACUAUAAAAAAACUUGAAUUUCGUCUUAUGCGAAUUCUUGAUAAUUCCAAUAGAUAUAGAAUAAAAUUAGUGCAAAAAUCGACAGCGCUGCAUCUUACGUAACUUUUAGCGUGAAAUUAAAAGUAGAACAUGUUAUCAGCAGACAAUCAUUAUGUAGUUUGAUUAUUUCUUCCCCACUUGAUACCUCGGCAAGUGUGAACUACUGCGCAUGCGCAAAGCUAUCUUCAUGCCCCGUUAAGACAGAAAGUUGUUUUGUAAACGCAGGUGAGUUCUUAUCAAAAUCCCAAACCUUAUACAGCCUUAUAAAAUAGUGGUUUGUUGUAGACAUGAAGAACAAACAUCUCAAUGAUCUAGAUAAAACAAUUACAUUAAAAACAACGAAAUAAAGCGGAUAUUACAUGUGUCCGGAAACUGGUCCUGUCCGGAAAAUGGUUCCCAACCAGUAUUGGAAAUUUUAACUGAUCAAAUGUAAGUAUAUAUACUUUGAUACUGCACUGUAUACAAACUAAUUCCAUAUAAAUAUACACGGCUACCCUAAACACCAUGUCUACAAUGAAAUAAUCGAUAUGAAUAAUCAGCCUAAGGUCAACCAUCGCGGUCAAGUUGCGACUACUAUAUCAUAGUACACGUGAUAUACAAAAUUAAAAAUAAACGAACAUCAUGUUGGAGAUAAUUGAUAAACUGCUCUUAAGCACAAGAACAAAGGUUUUAGCUGAUAACCUUGUUGACUGAUUGUUUAGUUUGCCGACCGGGUUCAAAAGAUUAGUUCUACGGUUUUUUUAUGUCUUUUUGUGUGGAUUUUGAUCAUUGCACCAAUUCUAUGAUUUUUGUCGGGCAUAAAAUAAAACCGACAUACUUUUAUGUCAUAUGGCAACUUCCCAGCUUUUUACGGAGAGGAAUACUCCUGGUGCCCCUACGGGCAUCAUUUCACGCAUGAACGGACACCUGGGUAGGACAACCAACAUUCCGUAAACUGAAUGACUUCCUUACAUGAAAGAAAUAUACACUCAACAAAAUUCCUAAUCGAUCAGUUUAUAUUGUAUUACUAUUUUAUUAAUAAUGCAUGUAUUUAUACGAAAUUUAAUUUCACAUGCCAACAUUUGAAUAGGUACUGCAGCCUAUUAUUAAUUUAUUUUUGGCGACUCACGGCCAAAGUAACCGCAUUAGUGGCCAGUUUUUCAACUCAAGCACUAAGAAAGGAUAAAACUAGUAUGUGUUAAGCCAUGGCUCAACCUUGUUUUCUAACGGAUUUUUACUAAUACUCGGCGGGUAUAUUUGCGAUGUAUUAGCUAAACCUUGGUCACACACUAUGAACAUGUAGAAACAAUCAUCGGACAGUUUCGCUGUAUUUUUACAUAUAUAAAACGUAUUACUUUGGUGAUUUACUACUUUCGAAAAAGAAAUUCUCAUAGAAAUCAUAGAAAAAUGCAAAGACACAUUAAAACACAAAAACACUAGCGCCCGUCUAAUGAAAAAAAAUGUUGGGAAAAGGUGAAUUUAAUUCAA